CUGUCACUUUUCGAGGAGCCAGUAGUUUUUCCAUCAUCUCUCGCCCAAUCCAGUCGUCCUCCGUCGUCGCGUAGAUUUUUUUGUUCCGUCGGAAAAGUGGCCCGAAAAAUCCGUCAAAUCAUCCGAAAUUGUGUGUUCCUGAUGCGCCACGGAGUGGUUACAAUGUUCCACAGUUGAUUGCCUGCGUGGUUUUGGUGUACGGAAAUUUUGAGCAGCGAUUCGGAGCUUGCUAGAAGAAGCAACUCUUUGUGUGCUUUCCUCUGUAAGCCUUUGCGAGAAAAGUGUUCCGCAGUCGUGGGUUUUCAGUUCAUCGUCCAACAUUGGGAAAGAUAACCCAAGUGGAACCAUUAGAUGAUGUCGAAUCCAUCUCAGUACUAUGGAAUGGCAAAUGGUUAUGCUCCAGCUACAAAUGGACCACAACAACAGCAGAGCCAGUUUCCGCCAACGUCACAACAGCAGGUUAUGCCCCCACAGCAGCAGUAUUCUGCAAAAAACAUUAUGAUGAACGGUCCAUCGCAGUAUCCCCCGGGGAUGCCUGGAGGAGCCCCUCAAUACGGUGUCCCACAAACAUCCGUGGCCCCGGUUCCAUUGCAAAAUGGACCACCGAUGACGCAAAAGCCGCUAUUUAAUACUCAGUUGCCGCAGCCGAAUAAUCGAGUAGCGAAUCUAGUUUCGAAUGGCAACAGUGCUACCUCAUCUAGGACGUCAUCACCUGCUCUAGUUAACAAUAAUAUUCCGGCGUCGCAGUUGCCACCAUCAAUGAACAGCCGACCAGGUACCUAUCCGACGCCGUCUAGUCACAGUCAACAGACUACUACACCUCCAACUAAUAACUACACCAUGGGUUCCAACAACAAUUGGACAAGUGGGAUCCCUGCAAGCACGAUAAACACACCUCCAAAGACAGCUUCAGGUCUUUCAACUCCACUAAAUGCCUCCACUCCAACGUUAGGAAUGGCACCCCUCAAUGGGCCCGUCAACAAUCUUACAGCUAGUAUGCAAAAUUUGAACGUCAAUCGACCUCCCUCUGCCCAACAGCAAAUAAACCAUGUAAAUGGCUCUGGAACUCAAAACCCUCCAAUUUCUAGCAGCAGCUACACUAAUCAACCUCAACCUGGUCAAGUACCGCCAAUGAAACCGCCAAAUGUUUCGCAACCAACAAGUAGUACACAAGCAGCAUAUGGCCAGCUACCACCACUAACUAGCCAACAGGGACGACCUGUAAAUGGCAACCACGUUCCCAAUUUGCAAAUGCCUCCACAACCCCAACAGCAGAAUCUUCCUCCCUCGAGUAGUGCAGGUCAAUCUUACCCAGGCAUGCCGCCAGCACCUUCGGUCGUGACCUCGGCAACAUCUGCAAUCGGCAAAAGACCGCUGUAUCCUUCGCAGACUAUGCCUCCAAUGCCCACACCCCAACAAACCAACAGCUACUAUCCAAAUCAACAACAACAGCAACCUCCUAUGCAAGGAAUGCAGCAAAAUCAGCAAUUCCAGCAACCCCAUCAGCAUAGUCAUCUUCCACAUCAGCAUCAUCACCAUCAUCAGCAACAACAAGUCCAGCAGCAGCAGCAACUUCAACAACCUUACGGUGCCAACUACCAACAGCAACCCCAGCAACAGGACCAACAGUACAACAACGUUGUGCGGAGUGGGUUCAACCGCCUAUGGGGCAACAAUACGGUAGAUCUUCUUCAGAAUCGACACAUUCUACCGGUCGAAAAGGUUCGACCGCCUCCGAUCCAUCUGAACCAUCCGUUUCAGGAGGCUGUCAACUGUAAUCCAGACAUUUUCCGGUGUACUCUGACGAAAAUUCCAGAAACGAACCAACUGCUGCAGAAAUCGAGACUUCCACUGGGUGUGCUGAUACACCCGUUUAGGGAUUUGAAUAACCUGCCGGUAAUUUCCUGCAACACGAUAGUGCGGUGCCGGGCGUGUCGAACCUACAUCAAUCCGUUCGUGUUUUUCGUCGACAGCAAGAAGUGGAAGUGCAAUCUGUGCUACCGAGUCAACGAAUUACCGGAGGAGUUCCAGUACGAUCCCGUUACGAAAACGUAUGGAGACCCAACGCGGCGACCUGAAAUCAAAUCUAGCACGAUUGAAUUCAUCGCUCCAUCGGAGUACAUGUUGCGACCUCCCCAACCGGCAAUCUAUCUGUUCCUGUUGGAUGUGUCUUCGCUGGCACAGCAAACCGGUUACCUGCACACCAUCUGCAGUACGCUGAUCGAACAGCUGGACAGUUUACCGGGCGAUGCACGGACCCAGGUCGGGUUCGUGGCCUACAAUAGUGCGAUCCACUUCUACAACAUUGCCGAGGGCUACAAUCAACCGCACGAGAUCACCGUUCUGGAUGUGGAAGAUGUGUUUCUUCCGUACCCGGAUAACUUGUUGGUGAACCUGAAGGAAUGUAAGGAACUGAUUAAGGACCUGUUGACCCAAUUGCCCAAGCGAUUCGAACAUGCUCACGAUAGUAAUAGCGCGUUGGGAGCGGCACUUCAAGUGGCGUUCAAAUUAAUGAGCGCCUGUGGCGGUCGAGUCACCGUAUUCCAAUGCUGUUUGCCGAACUACGGCCCUGGAGCUCUGCAAUCGCGAGAGGAUCCCAACAAUCGAUCAUCCAAGGAUGUGGCCCAUCUGGGCCCGGCAACAGAUUUCUACAAGCGGUUAGCCCUGGAUUGUUCUGCCCAACAGAUUGCUGUUGAUCUGUUCCUGUUAAAUAGUCAGUACUGUGAUGUAGCAACAAUUUCUGGAAUUAGUAAGUUUAGCGGUGGGUGCAUGCAUCAUAUCCCAUUGUUUAGUACAUCGAAACCGCAGCUGGUGAAAACUUUGCAGAAAUGUUUCGAACGUUACCUAACUCGAAAGAUUGGCUUCGAAGCUGUCAUGCGAGUCCGCUGCACGCGAGGAUUGGCAAUCCACACAUUCCACGGAAACUUCUUUGUGCGAUCAACAGAUCUGCUCUCGUUGCCGAAUGUGAAUCCAGAUGCUGGUUUCGGCAUGCAGAUCACCUACGAAGAGAGCUUGGCCGACGUCAAAUCGGUAUGCUUCCAGGCAGCUUUGCUGUACACCAGUAGCAAAGCGGAAAGGCGGAUUCGGGUGCACACGCUCUGCAUUCCCGUCACUUCGAGUCUGUCGGAGGUUAUGUACUCGGCCGAUUCCCAAUGCAUCGUCGGUUUGCUCGCCAAAAUGGCCGUGGAUCGUUCGCUGACCUCGAGCUUGUCUGAUGCCAGAGAUGCCUUCAUCAACGCGACUGUCGACAUUUUCCAGGCGUUCAAGAUAGCGCAAAACUUGCCGCAAAAUUCCGGUUCCAUUGUGGCACCGGAGAAUCUCUCGCUGCUGCCCCUGUACAUCUUGGCCCUGCUGAAACACGCUGCAUUCCGGGUAGGCACCAGUACCCGGUUGGAUGAUCGAGUAUUUGCGAUGAGUGAGAUGAAAACGAUGCCGCUGGAUCAGCUGAUUCGGUACAUCUAUCCGGACUUCUACCAGCUGGACAGUCUGUUCCAAAGUGCCACCCAGGAGGGAGCGGAUGGUGAACCCCAUUUGGUGGAACCUCCGCGGUUACAACUGUCGGCUGAGAAAUUCGAUUCACGUUCGAUGUUCUUACUGGACUGUGGACCCCACAUGUUCAUCUACGUGGGAUGCAAUGUAUUGCCAUCAAUCCUGAAUGAAGUUCUUGGAGUGAACAACUUUUCGGAAAUUCCAGACUUCUGUGUCGAACUGCCAAGCCGGGAGACCCCCGCCAGUGAGGCACUAUUUGCAUUUAUCGAUGCCAUCAACGAAGAGAAACCGUAUUCUUCUUACGUGCAGGUCAUCAGGGACAACAGUCAAUUCCGUUCGUACUUCGUGGAGAAGUUUGUCGAUGACAGGAAUCAAAGUUCGCUAUCGUACUACGAGUUCUUGCAACACCUGAGAACCCAAGUGAAGUAAAAAAAAAAUAAGAAGAUGAAGAUAUAUUUAGCUGUUUUCAAGUUGAAUGUAGGCCCGAACGGAGAGAUUUUUAAUAGGUAAGCACUCACACAAACACACAUACACACAACAACCACCCACAAACACACACUGCGUAGUAAAUGCAUCCCGAGUGGGACGGUCGGGGCGACAAUUUUAUCCUUCUGCGAAACACAGGACAUACCUAAAUAUGUAGCAAAUUAUGUAAUAUAAAAUAUAGCGAGAGUAAUUAAAAAACUAGCUAAUCAAUGGUUGCAAGUGUAAAGUGAAACAAUAAAAAAAAAUAUAUAAUAAAAUAUGAAACAAUCGUAGGUAAACUAAAUGCGAACAAAUACACUGAAUUCGACGACUGCGAAUGUUUUCUUUCUACGAUUGUGACAUACACUAGGGUUAUGAAAAAAAGGAAGCAAAUGUAAUCACUUGAUGAAAACGCUGUAAGAUGUAUCCCCUAAGAUAAACCAAGAUUAAUAAAUUAUAGUUUACCCUUUCGAUUGAUAACGGCGCGUUUCGGUAACAUUUCCUAUCUUGUCAAAAUCCGUAGUUCAAGAGACGAAUUUAUGUAAAAUGAGAUUUUUUGAAUUACUGUAAAUCAAUAAUGCAUCCAAAACACGAUAAAAGCCUUUUUAUUCUCAAUGAUAGAAGCGCGUAGUUGUUAGAUGUAAAAAAAAACGUUUACAUCAUUCAAGGCACCUAAUAGAUAUGGUUGAUCGAUAAGUUAGUUUCUGCUCAAAGCAAAAAAAUCAAUUGGUUCUGCCAACAGAAGGCAUUUUCAUUUUAAUGGCAUUCAUGUUUUUGUUUCCACAACUGUAGGUUAGCUUUGUAAAAUAUAUUUUGCUGUUUAUAUCUAGGAGCUUCUAUGUAUUAGGUUGAAAAGAACCAUUCACUUAUUGUUUACGCAGUCAUAAUUGAAUAAGAGAAGCAUGUAAAUUUGGAUGCAAUUGUGGAAAGGCUACGCGGAACAAAAACGUUGCGCGAACGACUGGUGAGCUAUAUUUGCGAUUGCCUACUUUAGUUAUUGUAUACCUUUCAAAAAUAGGUUACUGUAUAGUUAUUUUGUUGAUAUAUUUCAAUGUCCUCUUUCGACUAAAGUAUGUUUGCGUUUACCUAAUAUCUAUGUACUACUGGAAAUGGAAUGUCAUGUUAAACGCUUACUGUUUAUUUCUGCUGAGACUUUUGGUAAUGGGCAGUAAACAUCGGAGUAAACGAAAACAUUUUGGUGUAUGCAUGAUGUUGAUUAUACAUAAUCAAAUCUUAUGAUAUGAGUUAUCAAUAAAUCACAAAUACUGUAUGAGCAGA